CUGUGUGCAGCCAGUCUCUGAUCUGCAGAUUGUUUAUCAUGGAUGAAGCAUUGUAUCUUGCUUCUGAAGAAAAUAUCCCACUGGCAUCACGACCUUGGCUCUGGAAAAAGAAAAGAAAUUCUGUCUUUCCUGAAGCUGAAAGCCAGAGCAAAGCAGAGGUUUGGGUGCAAACAGUUAUCCCUUCAAGCUCUCAAGUAACUGAAGAUUCACUGAAGAGUGAUGUGGAACCUAAAUCACAGGCAGCCAUUACCUCAUCUGUUCCUCUACCAGGCAGCGUUACUGCCUACUUGGAUGAAAUGCAAGUCCAUCCUUCAUGUGCUAUUAAAAGUAUUAUGAUUGAUGAAGAAACUGGACAGGUUGAAAUUGGGCAAGGAGAAUCUUGGCUGAACAAAUUUAGAAUCAACAGGAACAAGUUGGCAUUUUUGAAAGGCCUGAUUGGGUGGAAAGGAAACAAAACAGCAGUGGAAAAAGUAGAUCCUCCAAAUGCUCCUGGAAUUUGCUCUCAUGACAACCACAGACUGCAUGAGCUGGAUGGAUGGAUGGCAAAAGAACAACAACCAUAUAUUCCAUACAAGUUAGCUAAAUUAUAUAUUACCAAGAUUGUAAAAGAUAUGCAACAAAUGAAAAUCAGACACAUGAAGGUAAUCAAAGAAUUGGACUGUAUAAGAAAAGAUAGCCAGGAGCAGGCCGUAAUUGUUCUAAAGAAUCAUCACAGUGAAAAAAUGAAGAUCCUGAAAGCCCAGUUAGAAGCCUACCAAGAGUUGGUAGACAAGAAAAAUAAACAAUGGCAAAAGACAGCUAAGAAUCUGAGGGAGAAAAAUAGGCAACUGAGCCAAGAAAAUAAAGAUCUUCUUUACCAGAUAAAGCAACAAAAUGAGAAAUGGGCAGAAGAAAAGACUUGGAUUCUAGAAAGUUUCUUUCAAAAACUGGAUCAUCUUUAUGCUCAGCACUCUUUGACACUGCAGGAACUUCAAAAAAUCAGACUGAAUAUGGAAAAAGUGCAAGAGAUUGUGAAUUUACAGAUGGAUUUUCCUCAGCAAAAAGCCUUAGUUACAGCAGAAAAGGUAAUUGACGAGAUGGAGGAACGUGAACAUUUGCUGCAAAAAGAACUUCUGUGGAAAGCACAGGCUAUGCUGGAAAUGGCAAAGCAGUCCUUAUACAAACGAGAGAGAGAGGUAGCUGAACUUCUACAAAGUGAGAGUGGACACAAUGAAACAAUGAAACCUCAAAUCACAGUUACAACAUUACUAAAAACUGUUGUGAGCAAGGUCCACACUAUAUAUUGUGAUGUACCUGAGGCACAACAAUGCAUUAAUCAGCUUAUCGAGAAGAAUGAUGCUGAAAGGGCUGAUCGGAAAGAAGAAUUUAAUAAUGCGCAGGCUGACAUCCUGUCCUAUAAAGUUAUUUAUGGAAAUAAAUCUACGGAUUACAAAAGGGAACAAUUUUCAGCGAAGCUUUCCAGAAAUCUUGUGAAUACAAAGUCUGAAUUAGAAUAUGCUGAAACAGAGAAGAUUGCAUUGGAUUGCAUCCAAAAGGGGGAAAUCCCAGACUGGAUUAGCAAACAUUGUCCAUAUUUAACCUUGACAGAUUCUGACCAAAAAAUGUAUGCUGAUGAGAAGAGCCACCUUCCAGAUGAAGUUAUGCAAAUACUCAACAGAAAAUCACAGGAUGCUGAUGAGACAAAGGAGCAGAAAGGGAUGCACCAUCUUUGGGCAUAGGCCCCCAUCACAGAUGAGAGGGUGUUGUGUGGAAAGAGUGGAGCGGAGAAGCACAUUAUGAAAGAGCCCUGGAGC